UUACGCAAGGCCACAUUUGCUACGCUUGUCGUUCGUCACUUGUUAAGAACGGCCAGAGAAACAGAUGGAGUAGUAGCCCGUAUUCAUCUGUCAACAGUCAGCUGUUUCAGUGUUACCGGUGAAUGUGUGUUGUAUUCGACAAUGGUUUUGCUUUUGGAAAUGUUUUGGCCAUGGACCAGAUUACCGACAGAUACUAAGCUAUUUUAG